AUGCAGAUGCUGUCCCGUCGAAUUGUCAAGGCAGCGCCCUUGCGCCAGGCAGCCCUUGCAGCUACGCGCAGGCUCGCACCUGUCGUCCAGCAGCGCACCUACAUCCCGAACUCUAUGAACAGCGUCGAGGUCAUCAACGAAAAGUUCCCUGAGCCUCCGAGCCUGACCGAAGCCGAGGAUCCGGCAAUGAACGGUGGUGUCGCACAGUCACCCCCCAUCAAGCGUCAGUUCCGCGACCCCCACGCCGACUGGUGGGACAAGCAGGAGCGCCGCAACUACGGCGAGCCGGUCCACGAGGACUACGACCAGCUCGGCAUGCUCACGCCAUUCGAGUACACCUGGACGACGCCCGGAAAGGGCCUGCUACAGAUCGGUGCUUUCGUUGCCGUGUUCCUGAGCGUCUGCUACACCGUCAAGCUGACGCGCCCCGACCCAGUCGCCGUUCCGCGGGAAUUCGAGGACGGCCUUCUGAAGGAGCUGGGCGGUGCCGGUGCUGUCAGGGCGAGAAGCCCCGAAGACGCCGAGGCCGAGUAUGCAGAGGAACUAUGA